GGACGAGGCGUGGCCGGGCCAGUCAGAGGGCCGGCUGGGGGCGGCGGCCAAUGAGAAGAGCGCUCGCGCGGCGGGGCGCAGGUUCCGGGCAGCUGAGGGCAUGGCGGCCUCGCUCGGCGGCGACGGGGACCGGGACGCGGACGGCGGCUUCCUGUACUUCGCCUACGGGAGCAACCUGCUGACCCAGCGCGUCCGCCUGCGAAACCCCUCGGCCGCGUUCCGCUGCGUGGCCCGCCUGCCGGAUUUUAAACUUGACUUUGGCAACUCCAAAGGCAAAACAAGUGAGACUUGGCAUGGAGGUAUAGCCACCGUCUUUCAGAGUCCCGGGGAUGAAGUGUGGGGAGUGGUGUGGACAAUGGACAAAAGCAAUCUGAGCUCUCUGGACAAACAGGAAGGGGUUGAGAGCAGGACGUACGAUCCGAUACGAGUGACUGUCUACACUCAAGAAGGAGACGCCGUGACUUGUCGGAGUUAUCAGAUGAGACACUAUGAGAGCGCUCCUCCCUCCCCUCAGUAUAAAAAGGUCAUUUGCUUGGGUGCAAGAGAGAAUAAUUUGCCCCUGGAUUAUCAGAAGAAGUUAAAUGCAAUAGAACCCAACAACUUCAGAGGAAAACUGUCAGAAGAAAUCGAAGAUAUCAUUAAGAAAGCAGAAUCAAAGCAUCUUUAGGACACGCUAGAACAUCUACGUACACUU